AUGUCUGACUCUAACAGGAUAUACCAAUUAAAUAAUAACAUCACAGUGACACAGGAACAAUUGGAUCAUUGGAACAAAUGCCUUUCUAAUUUGGACACACCACAGGAGAUCUUGAAAUGGUCUAUUCUUACCUUCCCACAUCUAUUUCAAACCACAGCAUUUGGUUUGACUGGAUUGGCCACAAUAGACAUGUUAUCUAGAUUACACAAAGAGAACAGUGACUUGUAUCCUAUUGUACCGCUAAUUUUUAUUGACACAUUGCACCACUUCCCACAAACCUUGGAUCUUUUGAAAAUUGUUCAAGAGAAGUAUUAUACCCCUUACAAUUCCCAAAUCAACGUGUUUAAGCCAAAGGGUUUGAAUUCAGAAGUAGAAUUCGCUGACAAGUAUGGUGAUAUGCUAUGGGAGAAAGAUGAUCUGAAAUACGAUUUCUUAGCUAAAGUGGAACCUGCAUCGCGUGCUUAUAAAGAAUUGAAUGUGACUGUGGUGUUCACUGGUAGAAGAAGAUCGCAGGGGGCAGCUAGAUCAGACUUGAAAUACGUGGAAGUUGAUGAGAUAAAUGGGAUUCUAAAGAUUAAUCCAUUGAUGUUGUGGACUUUUGACGAAGUGAGCGCAUAUAUUGAAAGGAAUAAUGUCCCACAGAAUGAACUGUUACAAUAUGGGUAUAGAUCCAUCGGGGACUAUCAUUCAACACAACCUGUUACCGAAGACGAGGACGAAAGAGCUGGCAGAUGGAAGGGAAAGGCAAAGACAGAAUGCGGUAUCCAUGAAAUUUCCAAAUUUGCUCAAUUCUUAAAGGAGAAGAAUAGUGAUUGA